AUGAACAAACUGCUUUGGCUCCUCACGCCCUUGACCGGUGAAGAAUGGAUCAGACAAUGCUUGACAUUGUACGCGGACGAUUUGCAUGUAGGCUGCCAGUUUCUGACCGUUGGUGCACUGGACCACCAUUUGCGAUGCAUGGGCCAUUUACUUGAUUGCAUUGAAAGACUCAAGCUGCAGAUCUCCUUGCAAAAGUCCUAUUUGAUCUUUUCCCACACUGGCAGCAACGUGCGGCAUGCGCUCAAAGGCCGGCUGUGCUAUCUACAGCAUCAAGCACACCUGUUGCUAUCGCGUUGCACUGGAGAAGCUACGGCGCUACCGCUGAAAACCAUGGGUCGAUAUCUGGGUGUGAUUGUUUCUUAUCAUGCUUUCGAACAACAGACGUGGCUUCAUCGCAAGAAGACAGCCUGGAUUGCAUAUGCUCGACUGAAACGCUGGCUCCGUCACAGACAGAUUCGACAAACUCAUCGAGUAUAUCUCUGGCACACUUGUAUCCAUACAAUCCUUACAUAUGGCAUCUUCGGUACAGGAGUCACAGUACAGUCGCUCACUGAUUAUCAGCUUACAAUAUUCCAAAUGAUUCGACUUCUGAUUGGUGACCACUCCUACAUGACAGGGAACACACACCAGAGGGCCAUACAGAAUCAAUCUCUUCCACUUCCCCUGCAGCUUCUGAAGCAUGGCGCCGAGAAGCUAUGGCUGAGACUUCAGAGGCGUGCUCUGCAGCUGGACUCGACAGAUUUUCUACAGCAGGUGGAUUGGCAGCACCAUCACGACACAAUGCGUUUGAUUGAUCAGGUCCAUGGCAGCAUGCCGGAAGUCCCCAUCGAUGGAGACGCCUUGAUGAGGACGCCACAGGCAAAUGAGCCGCCUAGCACAGCUGCACCAGCCGCACCCGUGCUCAGUAGCAAUCGGGCCGAAAGAAACAGUUUCCAGGUCACAGCACAGCCAUUUUGGCCGGUCCUGAAACAGAUCAUCCAAGAGCAGUCAUGGCACCGACUACAGGAACAUCCUGACAUUGGCCAGUGUGAGCUGUGCCAAACCAGAUGCGAUGACCUUCAGAGCUUGCAUCGACAUUUGAAGGCUGAACAUGAUGUAACCGUCUUCGACUGGAACUUUGCCAGAGUUCGACAGAUGGCCAUGAUUUUCUACACCAGUGAAACAGAGAUGUUCAUACCACAGCAAUACAAUGAGCAAACCCUGAGACUCACUCAUCGUGCAUUGGCCAACCAUGCGCGAUUUCAGAUGCUGCUUAAUGUGGUAUCGGCGAGCCAGUACAUGCGGGAAAAAGACGAAGAGCCGCUGAACAAGAAGCUCAAACAGGAGCCCGUCGGCGUCGACAAGGCCGCAAUGCCACCCAGCCAGCAGAACAAAGCCCUGCUCACGCUGAUCCAUCAUCUGGCCAAGGUGGUCCUUCAACACGAUCGGGCAAUCCAGAUGGAUCGCAAACAGGACUCCUUCGUUAUCUUUGCCCAAGUCAGCGCGGAGGGAGCGCUCCCGUUGCUGACGUUGAAAGCCAAGGAAUGGAAGGACAUGACGGAGAAGACCACCACACUCCGCACCUACCUGCUGACGCACCUGAUCCUGGAGAUACAACAGAGGGCCAUCAAGCUGUCCCAGAGCUCCCAGGGGACCCAGCUGUGGGACGUAGCAGUAUCCAAGGGGGUGAUCCUCCAGGACGGAUCAUGGCCGUUCCAACAAUGGUGCCACACGGAGAAGAAACUCACCAAGUCCCAUCGAGCGCCACUCCCGAUGAGCCGCAUCCUGAAGGAUCUGCAGUUCAUGGUGGAUCUCCUGACCGACAACGACCAUGUGAUGCGCUUCCACUCACUGAGGCCGCAAAGCCAGUGUGGUGCCGUGGAUGCUACAGCUCAACAUGCGCGAGGACGAUCUUUGGAGACUCUUUCAUCAGCUGAGUCAGUCCACCCUAUGGGGACUCAUGGGCCUGAGCUUGAAGCAGCACAACCAACAAGUCAGCAAACCAGCGCAGCUGCUGGAACAGCUGACCAACAUUCAAUUCUAGGCAGCGGAGGAAAUCUACAGUUGCCGCGCGCAAAAAAAGAAAUUAAUUGA